GUGACCCGCCAGAGAAAAUGGCGGCGGCGGCGGGGGAUCGCGCCUCAUCGUCGGGAUUGUCCGCGAGCAGCGGCGCGGAGGCGGCCGCCGCCGCCGCCGCCUGCGGGAGCCUGAAGGGCGGCGCGGCCGCGGGGAGCGGCGGGGGGCUGCCGCGGGAGGAGCGGGAGCAGCGCUCCGACUGGAGGCGGAAGCAGCUGCGCAAAGUGCGGAGCGCGGAGCUGGACCGGCUGCCCGAGGCGCCGCUCUUCCUCGCCGCCUCCUCCUCCUCUUCCUCCUCCCCGUCGUCGCCGGAGCGCCCCGCGCCGCCACUCUCCAGCCCCACCGAGCUGCCGGAGCCGCUGCCGGCGGGGAGCGACCCCGCGGAGGAGCGAGGGAUGGAGCCGCCCCCCGCCGCGAGUCGUGACAUGGAGAAUAAAGAAACCCUCAGGGGGUUGCAGAAGAUGGAUGACCGCCCAGAAGAGCGCAUGAUCAGGGAGAAACUCAAGGCAACGUGUAUGCCAGCCUGGAAGCAUGAAUGGUUGGAAAGAAGAAGCAGGAGAGGCCCUGUGGUGGUGAAACCCAUCCCUGGGAAAGGAGAUGGAUUGGAAAUGAACAAACUCUCAAUAGAACCUCAAGCUGAAGGACAAAGCACUGCUUCUUCACCUACGCAGAAAGGAAGACGUAGUCCUUCUCCUAGUAGCUCCUCUUCAUCGUCAUCUAGGACAAUUAAAUCUGAAUCACCAGGUGUUAGAAGAAAAAGAGUAUCUCCAGUGCCUUUUCAGAGUGGACGAAUAACACCACCUCGAAGAGCCCCAUCUCCAGAUGGCUUCUCUCCAUACAGCCCUGAGGAAACAAGUCGUCGUGUCAACAAAGUUAUGCGAGCCAGGCUGUACUUGCUGCAGCAAAUAGGACCCAAUUCUUUUUUAAUUGGAGGAGACAGCCCUGAUAAUAAAUACAGAGUUUUUAUUGGGCCUCAGACUUGUAGCUGUGGCCGUGGCACAUUCUGUAUUCAUCUGCUGUUUGUUAUGCUGCGGGUGUUCCAGCUUGAACCCUCAGACCCAAUGCUCUGGAGAAAGACACUGAAGAACUUUGAGGUUGAGAGUUUGUUCCAGAAAUAUCACAGUAGGCGUAGCUCGCGGAUCAAAGCUCCAUCUCGUAACACCAUCCAGAAGUUUGUCUCACGCAUGUCAAAUUCUCAUACAUUGUCAUCAUCUAGUACUUCUACAUCUAGUUCAGAAAACAGUAUGAAGGAUGAAGAAGAGCAGAUGUGCCCCAUUUGCCUGUUAGGCAUGCUGGAUGAAGAGAGCCUAACUGUGUGUGAAGAUGGCUGCAGGAACAAAUUACAUCAUCACUGCAUGUCAAUAUGGGCAGAAGAAUGCAGAAGAAACAGAGAGCCACUUAUAUGUCCUCUUUGCAGAUCAAAAUGGAGAUCUCAUGAUUUCUACAGUCAUGAGUUGCCAAGCCCUGUGGAUUCUUCUGUUCUCCGUGUGGUUCAGCAACAAACUCAGCAGCAAUCUACAGCUGGAUCACAGAGAAGAACACAAGAUAGCAAUUUUAAUCUUACUCAUUAUGGGGUCCAGCAGAUCCCUUCUGCCUAUAAAGAUUUAGCUGAGCCAUGGAUUCAGGUAUUUGGAAUGGAGCUAGUUGGCUGCUUGUUUUCUCGAAACUGGAAUAUACGAGAGAUGGCACUUAGACGUCUUUCCCAUGAUGUUAGUGGCGCGCUAUUACUGGCUAAUGGUGAAAGCACUGGGAAUUCUGGAACUAGCAAUGGAAACAACACGAGUGCUGUAGCUGUGGGAGCAGCUAGUGGGUCAUCUCAGACCAGUAUCUCAGGAGAUGUGGUGGUGGAAUCCUGCUGCAGUGUGCUGUCUAUGGUCUGUGCUGACCCUGUCUACAAAGUGUAUGUUGCUGCUUUAAAAACUUUAAGAGCCAUGCUGGUAUAUACUCCGUGUCAUACUUCGGCAGAGAGGACUAAACUACAGCGACUACUCAAGCCAGUUGUAGAGACAAUACUAGUCAAAUGUGCAGAUGCCAACAGUCGAACAAGUCAACUUUCAGUCUCAACACUGCUGGAGAUGUGUAAAGGCCAAGCAGGCGAGCUGGCAGUUGGGAGAGAAAUACUUAAAUCUGGGUCCAUUGGUAUCGGUGGUGUUGAUUAUGUCUUAAGUUGUAUUCUUGGAACGCAAAUCGAAUCUAGUAACUGGCAAGCUCUACUCGGGAGACUUUGUCUAAUAGACAGGCUUCUGUUGGAAUUGCCUGGUGAAUUUUUUCCCCACGUUGUCUGUGGAGAUGUUGUGCAGGCUGAUACCGUAAUAGACAGGUAUAAGAAACUUCUCUCCCUCUUAACCUUCACCUUGCAGUCAAUAGACAAUUCCCACUCAAUGGUUGGUAAACUGUCACGGAGAGUAUUUUUGAGUGCAGCAAGAAUGGUGGCAAGGGUUCCCCAUGUUUUUGUAAAGCUUUUAGAAAUGUUGAGUAUGACAAGCUCAACUCAUUAUGCAAGGAUGCGUCGACGCCUCAUGGCAAUAGCUGAUGAAAUGGAAAUUGCAGAAGCCAUCCAACUAGGCAUGGAAGAAGUGCACUCUAGGGAACGUCAACAUGAAGAUUUUUUGCAGCUACCCGUACCAGAUAACUCUCCAGAAGCUACAGAAAGUAAUACUCCUAACAAUACUGUCCAGUUAUCAGGGAAAAGUGGGAAAGGUUCAAGUGAUAAAAAACUAAGUGCCAGUCCAGAGGACAUUUCUGAGACACUGGCUGGCCUUGCUGUGGGACUUCCUCUUUCAUCAGUAACGACUGAACAACCAAAGCCAGCCAUUCAAACAAAAAGCAAGCCCCACAGUCAGUGUUUGAACUCUUCUCCCUCAUCCAGUCAUUCCCAGUCACUAUUCCCAACGCUUCUGUCUCCUUCAAAUCCAUCUGUACCAGCAGGCACUGUAACAGAUGUCUCUAAACUCAGACCUCAGGGAUUCGUUCCCUGCAAAAUCCCCUCCCCUUCUCCUCAAACACAGCGGAAACUUUCUCUCCAGUUUCAGAGAAACUGUUCUGAAAAUAAAGAACCAGAGAAACUUUCUCCAGUCUUUACCCAAGCCAGACCAUUGCCAUCCAGUCAUAUACACAGGCCAAAGCCAUCACGACCCACGCCAAGUGAUGUGAACAAGCAGGGAGAAACCUUAAAAAACAGUAUGACGCUUGACCUGAAUGACGUUUCACAGUGUGAUGGCAAUAGUAGUAGUAGUAGUAGUAGCAGUGCAGCUAUACCAAGUGAAGAGACAGUGUUCACACCAGUAGAUGAAAAAUGUCGGUUGGAUGUUAAUGCAGAGCUCAACUCCAGUAUUGAGGACCUGCUAGAGGCCUCCAUGCCAAUGAGUGAUGGCACAGUUACAUUCAAGUCUGAAGUUGCAGUUCUUUCUCCUGAGCGGGCAGAAAAUGAUGAUACUUAUAAAGAUGAUGUGAAUCAUAAUCAAAAAUGUAAGGAAAAGAUGGAAGCUGAAGAGGAGGAAGCUUUGGCUAUUGCUAUGGCAAUGUCAGCGUCUCAAGAUGCCCUGCCAAUAAUUCCCCAACUACAGGUUGAAAAUGGUGAAGAUAUCAUAAUCAUUCAGCAGGAUACACCAGAAACCCUGCCUGGACAUACCAAAGCAAAACACCAUUACAGAGAAGAUGCAGAAUGGCUUAAAGGUCAGCAGAUUGGUCUUGGAGCUUUCUCUUCCUGUUACCAAGCUCAAGAUGUAGGAACAGGAACAUUAAUGGCUGUAAAACAGGUGACAUAUGUCAGGAACACAUCAUCUGAGCAAGAAGAGGUAGUUGAAGCACUGAGAGAAGAAAUAAGGAUGAUGAGCCAUCUGAACCAUCCUAACAUUAUUCGAAUGUUGGGUGCCACGUGUGAGAAGAGCAACUAUAACCUCUUUAUUGAAUGGAUGGCAGGGGGUUCAGUUGCUCAUUUGUUAAGUAAAUAUGGAGCCUUCAAAGAAUCUGUUAUUAUUAAUUACACAGAACAACUGUUACGUGGCCUUUCUUACCUCCAUGAGAAUCAGAUAAUCCAUAGAGAUGUUAAAGGUGCCAAUUUGCUAAUUGACAGCACAGGUCAUAGAUUAAGAAUUGCUGAUUUUGGAGCUGCAGCCAGGUUGGCAUCAAAAGGAACUGGUGCUGGGGAGUUUCAGGGACAGUUGUUGGGAACUAUUGCAUUUAUGGCACCGGAGGUUUUGAGAGGUCAGCAAUACGGUAGGAGCUGUGAUGUGUGGAGCGUUGGCUGUGUUGUUAUAGAAAUGGCUUGUGCUAAACCUCCCUGGAAUGCAGAGAAACACUCCAAUCACCUUGCUCUGAUAUUUAAGAUUGCUAGUGCAACCACUGCUCCAGCAAUCCCUACGCAUCUGUCUCCUGGCUUGAAAGAUGUGACUCUUCGAUGUUUAGAACUUCAGCCUCAGGACAGACCCCCAUCAAGGGAGCUGCUGAAACACCCAGUCUUCCGUACCACAUGGUAGCCUCUUAAGCGUAAGGCUGAUAUACUGAAGAAGAUGCUACUGAAUAUACAAUAACCGUCUUGCAGUGCGGUUAAGCACAGCAAAUUCUUAUUCUUCUGGCCGUAAUGAUAAAUACAUCAAGGACAUAAGGCCAGUGGAGGACCCUACCUAAGUAUGUGAUCGACAAAUCGAGGUCUUUACCCAAGUUCAAUAUGCAACAUUUCAUAACUCGUGCAGAGAUUUGUAAACUGUGCCUUUCCAAACAUCUGGCUCUAUGCGAACACAAAAACGUUUUUUGUUAAAUCUGCAUGAUUAUUUAGCAGAUAAGUGAUUUUUAUUUUAUUUGGAGCACUUUUUCAGCAAUAUUAGUGGCUGGGGGGCUCAGGAUAUCUUUUAAUAUAGUAAUCACUGUUCUAUUUCAUAUCAUGUAGGUGUAAGCAAAGGGUUCCACAGUUAGUUUUCAGCACUGGGUAAAAAGAAGUUCUGUAUCUGUCCCUUUGUAUAAUGAAAAGUUCUCUGAGUAACAAAUCUGAACAGUGAUGAAUACUUUGAAAAAGCAUUUGCCUUCCUUUGAGAGCAGGCACUUGUGGCUCACUGUGCAUUUACUGCUGGCCAUGUAAUUUCUUUUGAAAUUAAAGUUUGUUUUCAUUGUAUUUUUAACUUUGAGAAAAAGGGGAUCUUUUUAAAUAGUCUUUAGAAAAAGAUAGAAACUGUGUCGUGGAAAAUCCUGCUGACACAAGAGUUGUUUUAAAACCAGGUGUGCUGUAAAUCUGAAAUAAAAUCAAAUGCCACUGUCAACAAGACAGUGUUGAAGGCUCUGGUAGUAUAGGUUAUCUGAAAAAAAAAAACCACAACAAGAUUGUUCUGCAUAAAACAACUUAGUCUGAAUCAUGCUAAAUGUUGUUGAGCCUUCUUUUCUUAUAGCAGUUUCUUCUGCAAUCAUGUAGAGAAGUUUUAUGUCAAAGGCUCCAAAUCCAGCUCCCAUUAAAGCUUAUGGGAGAAUUUAUCCUGUACUUUAGUGGGAGCAGGUGCCAUCUAUGAGCAAAUCUCAUUCUUUGUGUAACAAAACUGAGGUUACAUUCUCUACUGAUAACAAGUUUUACCUGCUGUUUUCCUUCUGCCGUACAUCAUCUAUUUACUGUAGCCAUUAGUGAUAAUUAAAUUUGAAGAUGUUAAAAAUAUUACCAUAAAAAAAGGUAUUUAUUUUAAUAUGAAACAAACUUGGACUUGAAAAGCAAGAUAGAGUAAAAAUGUGAAGUAAAGCUUCACUGGUAGUGCAAAACUUCCUUUUUUUUUUUAGCAGGUGUGUUUUUUUUAAACAAGUUUUUAAAAUUAUUUUAAAGGCAGGUUUUUAGAUUCUGAUGCAUGUAAUUCUGAAGGAAAAUGGCAGCUUUUCUUUUGCUUUUUUCAAGAAUGGGGAUAUUUUUUAAAUCAAAUACUGAUUGUGCUUAAUCUGUUUGGAAUAGAAAAUACUGUUCAUGUUUUAACUCUUCAGAAGCCAGUUGGAUUGUUGGACUGAAAUAGAAUUGGUUAUUUUCAAAGACUCAGGAGAAACUAAAUAAGCUAUAGUACAUUAAAAAUGUACAAUAUAAAUUGGAAGUAAAACAUCUUAAAGACAAGUUUACAGGAAUUAUAGUGCUCAUGCUAGUAAAAAAAGCAGUGUCACUAGUUGUGAAUGUGUUUCUUUUGGAAAUUUUACAUUCCUUUGUUUUGGAAGAUCAGCAGAUUUUGAAGAGUUAAAAAGAUUAUACCGAAAUGUGAAGUUUGGUAGCUCUAACUGUUUUGUACUUGACUCUUUUUUGACCACUUUAGAAUUUCUCAUUCUAAUAAGAUUCUUUCCAUGUCUGUCUUAUGUGCAAGCUUUAAAGGGUGCACUCUUGCCAAUUCCUGUACUGGAAGAUCAGUUGUCAGAUUAAUACUAUUUCUGGCAGAAAUCUAAACUGUAUAAACUGAUGAACCUCAGCUAAUCAGUAUUACUCUGUAGAUCACCAUGCCUACCACAUUUCAAACUCAAACUGCCUCUAGGUGUCCAAAUGCAUUUGUUUGAGUUUGUUUGCAUUUCCCUCAGCUUGCUGGUAAUUGUGGUGUUUUUAAAAUGCAGAUGUGAUGUAAUAUUCUUAUUUUCUUUGGAUCAAAGCUGGACUGAAAAUUGUAUUGUGUAAUUAUUUUUUUGUGUUCUUAAUGUUAUUUGGUACUUAAGUUGUAAAUAACUUCUACUGCUGUUUAUUCCAGUUUCUACUACCUCAGGUGUCCUAUAGAGUUUCUUCUACCAAAGUUCACUUUCACAAUGAAAUUAUUUGCUUUGUGACUGAUUCCUAAGACUUCCAGGGCUUAAGGGCUAACUUCUAUUUAGCACCUUACUGUGCAAGCAAAUUUUACAGAAAUCUCUGGGUUAAGAAAUUUGGCUUCAUUGUAUCCUUUGUUAUUUUAAAUAUAUCAAGAUAUUUUAAUUAAAAGUUUUUACCCCAUUGAACCAAUUUUAUAUAGUAUAAUUUGUACCUAUUUUGGUGGUUUUUGUCUUUAUAGUAAAUAAAAGGUUUUGAAAAAAAACUGUCCUUUGCUUUUGGUAAUGUAAACAUGUCCAGUUUACUGAUGUGAACAAAAUAUUUCUAGUACACUUUACUGUUAGUACACAAUUUCAUAUGUAACACUCAAUAUAUCAAGAGGUAGUUUCCAUUAUUAAAUGACACGUGAAUGAGUAUUGGCUGAUACAUGUGUAUCUUAGCUUAUCAAUUAAGAAAGCUUAGAUAAAGUGCAGCAACAAACAUUUAAAUUGGUAAUAAAGAUAAGAAAUUCCCUUAACAACAUUGUCUAUGGACGUCACUUUGCUUAUGCCCUUAGAUCUGAAUGUUGUGUUCUGCAAAUACACUAUCAAUAACCGAGUCAGGUGAAUCAAUUGGUUUGGAAGGUUCUGGCGCCGUAGAGGUGUACUUCAGAAGUUAAUCUGCUAUUUUAUGUUUUCAGUGAAAUUAUUCAGUUGCUGGUGAUUAAAGGAGCAAACAUAAGACUUCCUUAUAAGGCACUCUGAACAUAUACAAUAAAGCUAGGGCUUGGUUUAGUCAAUUAUCUUUCUCCUGCUCUUUUUGAUAUUUUUUCAAAUUAAUUUUUCAGUAUUGAAAAUAAACUAUUCUGUAGCCUAAAUUCUACAUUUUGAGGGAAGACUGUUGUCUCCCAUUAUCUGACUUCGUGCAAAUAGAGAUGAACACAACAGUUCACCAGGAAAAAAAAAAAGGCAACAGGAAUCUUCAGAUAAAUUCUAAUACCUGAUUUUUAAAAUGAUUAAAAUUUACUCACUGGCAAGAAGGAAAAUAUGACAACUGUUACAUAAAAAGGAAAUCGAGUGUAACGUGUUUUCCUUUUUUUGGUUUACUAUAGAAAUCCUGAAUCUUAUAUCACUGUGUGGUCAUUACAAUGUUGCAGUCCCCUUUUCAGGAGCAUAGGGUGGCAGAGAUGACCUGUCCCCAGCAAGCUGGCAGUAAAUGGCAGGUGUCUACUUGUGGAACCAGAGGUCUUCAUUUGCUAAGGGCACGUUCAGUUCUUCCACAGGCAAAUAGUAAGCUAUGCUCAUUUUGAUUUCUGUGGUGAGAAUAACAUUAUGUUCAGUGUUAAUAGAAUCAUAAAAUGGUUUAUGUUGGAAGGAACCAUAAGGAUUAUCCAGUUCCAACACACCUGCCGUGGGCAGGGACACCUUCAUGAGAGCAGGUUGUUCUGCGUGAUGGCUGUAGGCUGAAGUUCAACAGUGUUUCAUCUUUGCAAGUUCUUAUUAAAGGCAACAAUUGCUUCCAGAACACCUUGGGCCUUCAGGAGGGUCAGCUAUUUCCUCUCCAUCAUCUGAACAGGCAGUUUGUAUGCGUGGCUGUUCUGACCAGUCUUUGCCUACCUCCCAAGACACUAUCUCCCUUACUAACUUUUCUCUUGCGGCUUAGUUUUCUGUGCUGAGCUGAAUCACGAAUGUGACAGUCUUACUUUAAGAGCUGUAAUAUGUAUAUGCGAUGACAAAGAAGCCUGUUAUUUUCUCGUGGCACACAGCUGCUGAAAUCCGGAAUUUUAAGUUGAUGAGACCUUUCGUCAUUACCAAGAAAGCCCAGAAGAUGGCAGGGAAAGCGGUUUGGGACAGCGAAGGGCUGAGGCUUUCUCUGAGGAACUGUACCGUUUCCUUUUGUCUCCCUCAAGUAUUUCAGUUUACAAUAUAUAUUCACUCAGUUCCUGUUCUCGGAAAAGAUGUGUGAAGCCAGCUAUAGGAUUAAAGUGAGUAGGGAGUAAAUCAAGGAGCAAUUUGUAAAUGUUGCAACGCUCUGACAUGGGAAGUUAAUUCUACUGGUUUCAUUGCUUUGAUGGGGCCAGCUCACAAAAUCCCACGGUCUUGGCUGAAAGGUCCAGACACAGAAGCAUAAGCCUUGACAGUGGUUUGGGGUUUUGAUUUCUCUGUUCAUCCCAAACCUAAUUCUCAAACACUAGUUCAGUAUGAUUUUUUAAAAAAAAAAAAAUAGUUCCCUAAGUAAGUAAGAUAUCUGGUGUUGGGGUUGGUCUUAAUUUCCCAUUAACUUUUGACUUCGUUGGCAGAUUUUAACUAAAAAGACACAUAAGGAGCAGAAUAGAAGUUCUAAGGAGCAAAAAUAGAAGUUUUAUCAAAGUAGGUACCCAAGCAGAGCAGGGAAAAUGGGGGCCAAGAAGACAACAUGACCCUGAUCUCGGUAUCUCUUAAUGAUUUGUAAAGAAUUAUUAGGAGGCCUUUGUUAAUUUUUGAAGAUCAAUUGUUGAGCAAUUGUUUUCUUCGUUAGAUUUUUUGUUUGUAUAGGCAAUUGAUGGUAGAAUGUGGCACUGAAAGAGCCACCCCACAUGAUUUUGAGCUGAAAAUCCCUGUGCUUUGUAAUCAUAAAAUCAUAGAAUGGUUUGAGUGUGCACUCAAUCCCACUGUCUGUGUCUGUGAUAAAGAUGAUAAACCACAUCGGUCCCAAUACCCUGCAUCACCAGUCUCACCUGGACACUGAGCUGUUGGCCACAACUCUUUGAGUGUGACCAUCCAGCCAAUCUCUUCUGUCUGGCUUGUCAGUCAGUGCUGCAGAUGGCUUCACAUCAGCGAGCAGCCCACUCCUUUCAGGCUGCAGUCAUUUAGGAUGUUACAAAGCACAACAUGUCUCCUUGUCUUCAGGACCAAAUACUAGUAUUAUAGUUUGAGCUAAAGUUGAUUCAGUUUUCUAAUUUCAGCUAAGUUUCAUCUCAGUAACUUCUCUUUCUGAAAGCUUCGUGUUUUUCAGGCAGUUUUUCUCUCUAGGUGUGAUAACUCAGGGCACUGGUAUGCAGAAAGGCCAUUGCUUAUAAUUAUUCCUAAAGUAACGAAGGCCAUCCUUGAGAUGGGGGAGUGCUGUAAGUCAAAGAGGCGAAAAAGGCCACAUGUGCAGGGAGAGGCAGAUAGGACAGGUGAUCUCAAACUGACCAACAGAGCAUUGCAUCCCAUAUACAUCAUACUCAGUAUAAAACUAAAAGAUCACAAGUGUUUUUCACCUCUUCAUUGGUGGCUGAUGUCCAGUGAGGACCUUGUCUGUCUGUCUGCUCCUGAUCCUGGAUUUGUGCAUUCCUGAAUCCAGUUUCUAAGCCGUGCUCUC